CUUGAAUGCUGUCACUAGGUGCUUCAGUUUUGUGGGUCUCCGAGAUUCAAUGUUAUCUGAUUUUUUAUGAAAAUUUUUUACCGACUAAUCUUUAGGUUUCAGGUCGAGAGAAUGUCCCUAAGGUGAUAUUCCAUGUGUACUCAUUUCGUGUUCUUGGAGGUGAUAGCCAUCUACCGCAUCUGGACUUGAAGACGAAGGAGUAUAUUUUCUAGGUGACAUCUUUUAACUCUUAGUUAGAUAGUUUAGUUUUCACUUAAGCACACACAUUUUAUAGUACUUACUCCGAAGUUGUCGAGAGGUCUCGCUUUCGGUAAUAGGAAAUAUAUUGUGCUUGUGUUUGGUGUAUUUUCUGUUGUGUAGGUAUAAAAAAAAAAGUGAAUGCACACGCGAUCACAGGGUACACCACUGUUUGGACUACUCUGUUAUCAAAGAAGAAGUAAGGUCAGAGGUUCAGAGUUUGAGAUAUUCCCGGACUAUUCGAGUCCAUUCAGAAGUAACCGACUCUUUGGUGAAGAAAGGGAUCAGGAUUCAGACGGUGAAUCAAUGGCAGAUCACAAUGAGAUUCCACCACCCGUGGUGAGGUUUGGCGACACUCUGAGAUCGGGAAUUGAGCACCCGGGGGAGUUCGCUUAUGCAAACGACGACGUCAACAUUCCACCUCACUACAUUAGUUUGGUGAAUGGAGGAAAUCUUUUCCACGGACGGGAUGAGGAAGAUCUGGUGAGCCACCUCAAUGCCUUUUAUGAGCUGACAAACUCGCAUAGACCUCCAAAUAUGGAGCAUCAUCGGAUUAAGAGGGCCCUAUUUCCAUUCUCGUUGAGGGAGAACGCAAGAGCGUGGUAUGACUCACUCCCGGGCUACAACAUAGCAACGUUCCAAGAGUUGAAGACGUUGUUCCUCUUGGAAUACAAUUCUCCUAUGAAGAUUGAGAAGUUGAGAGAGGAGAUCACCUCUUUCCGACAGAAGUAUGACGAGUCCUUCGCGGAAUCAUGGAAGAGAUUCACGGAAUUGAUAAGGAAAUGCCUAAGUCACGGACUAGCUCCGGGGCAUGACCUUUUGAAAUUCUACAAGGGACUCAACAGUGAAGGCACGGGAUUGGUGACUGCAGGUUCGAAUGGGAACCUAGAUGAUCUAACUCACGAUGAGGUGAGGGCUUUGUUUCAAAGGCUGGCCAACAAUCAACGGAAUUGGCACAAUCCAAGGCGAGGGGCUGAUAGAGCAGGAGAUACAUUUGGUGCUACAAAGGAUGCGGAAAGAGUGACCGCAAUUGAGGCUCAACUGGCGGACAUUAGCACUCAAAUGUCGUCGAUGACAAAGGCAGUUAAAUCUCUUCAACUGACUCCUCAACCCCAAGCUGUGACGGUGAUGAGAUGUGGGUUGUGCCAAGGCGGGCAUCAUACUGAUCAGUGCCCAAGUCUUCAAGGACCACCUGUGGAAGAUGUGAACUAUAUUGGCAACAAUCGCCAAGGGUUCAAUCAAGGCAACCAAUACAACAAUCAGCAAAAUUGGAGGCCUCAACAAACGGGAUGGAAUCAGGCUGGUCCUAGCAACAACUCGGGAAAUCAAUGGAGGAACAACACUCAACCGCCGGGUUAUGAGAAGAAGCCAACCGUCGAGGAUCAGUUGGGGCAGAUUCUCUCUUUCAUGACUAAGAGUCAAAAGGAGAACGAAAAUUUCAAGGAAAGGACGGUGGAAAAGUUUGGGCAGAUGGAUGCGACAAUGAGGAAUCUUGAGACGCAGAUAGGGCAGCUUGCCACGGCAUCACACACGAGGAUUCCUAAUACCAUCCCGAGCAAUACCGUACCUAAUCCGAGAGGCAAUGAACAGUGUAAGGCAGUGGUCUUGAGAAGUGGUCGUGAGUUGGAUUCGACACCAUCAAUGGACGGCCAAUGUACUUCCGGCAUCUCACACGCAGGGGCGGAUGAGAUGUUAGGCUUGCAUUCCUCGCACGCAGGGGCGGACGAGGCAUGUAAGGGAAGUCCCGCGUCGGUGCAGGGUGCCCAACAUGGUCAAGAACAGGCUGCAUCCGACAGCAAGGAAAAUGGUGUAGAAUCCGAGUUAAGCGAGAAGUUUUUGGCAGAAAAGAAGGGAAAGCAGAAAGUAGAGAUGGGAUCAAAGGGACAGCUGAUGACAAGUCCGGCAUUAGACCCAAAAAGCAAGUUCAACUUCCCUGAUCACAUUCCUCCUCCACCAUAUCCACCGAAGAGGAAGAAGAGAGCUCCAAAGGAGAAAAGCUUCGAGUGGAUGAUGAACGUGAUUCGAAAAGUGAAUGUGGAUGUAUCGUUGGUGGACCUCUUCACUAAUUUCCCCAAGUUCUCCAAGUUCUUCAAGGACAUGAUGGCAAACAAGGAGAAACUUCAAGACGAGGGAAUAGUGGCAUUGAGCAUGAAUUGCUCACAACUGAUUUCGGGAAUGAUGACCAUGAAGAAGAGGGAUCCGGGAAGUUGUGUGAUUCCUUGUGAGAUAGGCAACACAAUUUUCACCAAAUGUCUAUUGGAUCAAGGAUCGGGGAUCUCACUGAUGGCGUUGAAAACAGCACGUGCCAUUGGACUGGAGAACAAAAUGGAGCCCAUCGACAUUGCUCUACAACUGGCUGAUCAUUCCAUUGUGAAGCCCACUGGAAUAGUAGAGGAUGUCUUGGUCAAGGUAGACAAGUUCGUCAUCCCCGUUGAUUUCAUUGUAUUGGAUAUGCCCGAGGACAAAGAGGUGCCAAUUCUGUUUGGCAGACCGUUUCUUGCCACAAGGGACGUGUUGCUAGGAGCAAAGGACAACUCAGUCACGUUUAGAAUUAAUGGUGAGCAAGUGACCAUUAAUGUGGAGAAAGCGAUGAAGCAUCCUAGUGAUGCAAAAGCGUGCUUUAGAGUUGAUGUCCUCGACAAGUGUAUCUUUGACAAGAUGCGUUGCUCGGCAAGUAUAGAAGGAAGCGUUUAUGAUAAGGGGAGCUUGGAAAGAGACUUUGGUUCGACAAUUAAAGUUGAUUUUGAUUUUGAUGAAAGUGAGGAUGCUCAAAUUGAUCAACCAAGUCUCGAGAAUGAAUGUGUGGUGGAUACUUUCGUGGCGGAUGUGCAGCCUUCAAUUGAAGUACCACCAAAGCUGGAAUUGAAGCCACUCCCGACAAAUCUGAAAUAUGCAUUCCUUGGUGAGGAUGAAUCUUUACCGGUUGUGAUAUCGCGAUGUUGAAUGAUGAAGAGGAAU